AACAAUGGUAGAAGCUAUCAACAACAUUAGCAGUUCGAAGAAGGCGGUGAGAGUGGAGGGAAGUUCAAAUGUUAGUUCUAAUACUUGUAAAUUACAGUGGAUAGAUGAAAGCAUGUUAAAUAUCUCGACAUACAUUCUUGAAGUACGAUGCAAAGCUGUUUUAAAUGUAACUGGUGGAAAAUUAAAGUUUUGCCAGCUCUUGUGAAACGUGUGCAACAUGACUAUGCUGCAACGUCCGUUAGCUGGCUUUAGCGACCCGGACAGCCAGCCUGCCCUUCCUCCGGGCCCUACGGCCACGGGCCACGCUAUUCCGCUCAGGAAAUGCCCGGAGCUCGACCUCUCCAUCACUUCCACCCCGGAACGUCCUCCUGCAGACUCCGGAAUCUUGCGCAGGAUUAGGGGUUCUAAACAGCAAGCCAGACAGGUGCACUUUGACAUUGGCCCCAAGGCAAAGGCUGUAAGUGUACACAGAGGAUGUUCUGUAGCGGAGACCCCUGAUGGUGCUGUGAUCCAAGAGCCAAGCUUCCCUCGUCCUGCAGCUCUGAAACCUGCUGGCAGUGAGAGAAAAGGGAAGAAGAGGGAAAAAAGACCUGGUCUAGACAGACGUGUAGUUCCUCCUUUGGUAGAGAUGGGCGAUGAACAGCUCCCAGAGGGUGCCCAGCUGAACUCCACACUGGCCCUGAAGGCGGCACUGGAGAAGGUCACACUGGAGGAGUUUGAUCCACAGAAGGCCGUGGAGGAGAAACUGCAGACGUCCUCACACACCAAGAACCAAAUCAACACUAAAGCAGCAGAGGGGUUGAAUUUCCCCCAUACCCAGCAGCUAUACCACGGCUUGGUCAGUGUUAGUCUGUCGCACGAGCAACUUGUAAGCCAUGCUCUCCGUCACAGGCCACCUCUGGCUCCACCUGUUCGUAGAUAUGGCAACAAGCUUCCACAAACACCAUCAGAGGCUCCUGACCUGCUUGCGUUCUACAGCCCAGGAGAGUUGCUACGCGAAUCUCCUCUGUUGCCAGGCAACCAAGUGCCUUUGCCACGGCCCCGACCAAAGCCCCGCCCUGCACGUGCAACCUUUGACCUUUACCAGCAACAAAGACAGUGGGAGGCUUGACCUCACGUCCUUGUGGUAGCCUUGUAAUAGUAAAUACACAUUAGUGUGUUUGCUCUGUGUGUGUAUUUAUGUAUGUAUGUAUGUAUUUGUAAAUGGUAUUUAAUUAUUAAAUGACCUUAA